AUGAGGCACGUUGUCCUCUUGCUGACCAGCUUGGUUCCUCUGGUGCUGGCGCCGCGACCUGCUGACGAGCGGGGCUCCCCGCGGCGACUCGAAAAGCUUGAUUCUUUGCUCUCGGACUACGAUAUCCUCUCCUUAUCCAAUAUCCAGCAGCACUCUGUGAGAAAAAGAGAGCUGCAGGUCUCAACACACUUAGAAACACUACUGACUUUUUCAGCCUUGAAAAGGCAUUUUAAAUUAUACCUGACAUCAAGUACUGAACGCUUUUCCAAAAAUUUCAAAGUCGUGGUGGUAGAUGGGAAAGAUGAAAGGGAGUACCCCGUCAAAUGGCAGGACUUCUUUAGUGGACACGUGGUUGGUGAGCCUGACUCUAGGGUUCUAGCACACAUAGGAGAUGAUGAUAUUACAAUAAGAAUCAACACAGAUGGGGCAGAAUAUAAUAUAGAGCCACUUUGGAGACUAAUUAAUGAUACUAAAGACAAAAGAAUGUUAGUUUAUAAAUCUGAAGAUAUCAAGAAUGUUUCACGUUUGCAGUCUCCAAAAGUGUGUGGUUAUAUAAAGGCGGAUAAUGAAGAGUUGCUUCCAAAAGGGCUGGUAGACAGCGAGCCGCCUGAUGAGCUUGUUCAUCGGGUGAAGAGACGAGCUGACCCUAAUCCCUUGAAGAACACGUGUAAAUUAUUGGUGGUAGCAGAUCAUCGCUUUUACAAAUACAUGGGCAGAGGGGAAGAGAGUACAACUACCAACUACUUGAUAGAGCUAAUUGACAGAGUCGAUGACAUCUAUAGAAACACUUCAUGGGACAAUGCAGGUUUUAAAGGUUAUGGAAUACAGAUAGAACAGAUUCGCAUUCUCAAGUCUCCACAAGUGGUGAAACCUGGUGAAAGGCACUUCAAUAUGGCAAAAAGUUACCCAAAUGAAGAAAAAGAUGCUUGGGAUGUGAAGAUGUUACUAGAACAAUUUAGUUUUGAUAUUGCUGAAGAAGCAUCUAAAGUCUGCUUAGCACAUCUUUUCACGUACCAAGAUUUUGAUAUGGGAACUCUUGGCUUAGCUUAUGUUGGUUCUCCCAGAGCGAACAGUCAUGGAGGUGUUUGUCCAAAGGCUUAUUACAGUCCAAUUGGAAAGAAAAAUAUAUAUUUGAAUAGUGGUUUGACCAGCACAAAAAAUUAUGGUAAAACCAUCCUUACAAAGGAAGCUGACCUUGUUACGACUCACGAAUUGGGGCACAACUUUGGAGCAGAGCACGACCCAGACGGUCUGGCGGAAUGUGCCCCAAAUGAGGACCAGGGAGGGAAGUACGUCAUGUACCCCAUAGCUGUGAGCGGUGACCACGAGAACAAUAAGAUGUUUUCAAACUGCAGUAAACAGUCCAUCUAUAAGACCAUUGAAAGCAAGUCCCAAGAGUGUUUCCAAGAACGCAGCAACAAAGUGUGCGGGAACUCCAGGGUGGACGAGGGCGAGGAGUGCGACCCCGGCAUCAUGUACCUCAACAACGACACUUGCUGCAACAGUGACUGCACGCUGAGGCCGGGUGUGCAGUGCAGUGACAGGAACAGUCCUUGCUGUAAAAACUGUCAGUUCGAAACGGCCCAGAAGAAGUGCCAAGAGGCUAUUAACGCUACUUGCAAAGGCGUGUCUUAUUGUACAGGUAACAGCAGCGAGUGCCCGCCUCCCGGAAACGCCGCCGAUGACACCGUGUGCCUGGAUCUCGGCAAGUGUAAGGAUGGCAAGUGCGUGCCCUUCUGCGAGCGCGAGCAGAGGCUGGAGUCCUGUGCGUGUAAUGAAACCGACAACUCGUGCAAGGUGUGCUGCAGGGAUCCCUCAGGCCGCUGCCUGCCGUAUGUCGACGCCGAACAGAAGAACUUAUUUUUGAGGAAGGGCAAGCCCUGUACAGUAGGCUUCUGUGACAUGAAUGGCAAAUGUGAGAAGCGAGUGCAGGAUGUCAUCGAGCGUUUCUGGGAGUUUAUUGACAAGCUGAGCAUCAAUACUUUCGGGAAGUUUCUGGCAGACAACAUCGUUGGUUCCGUCCUGGUUUUCUCCUUGAUAUUCUGGAUUCCUUUCAGCAUUCUGGUCCAUUGUGUGGAUAAGAAACUGGAUAAGCAGUUUGAGUCUCUGUCUCUGUUCCACCCCAGUAACGUCGAGAUGCUAAGCAGCAUGGACUCAGCAUCGGUGCGCAUCAUCAAGCCCUUUCCUGCGCCCCAGACCCCUGGUCGCCUGCAGCCCACCCCUGUGAUGCCCCCCGUGCCCUCCGCACCCCUGGCCCCAAAGCUGGACCACCAGCGGAUGGACACCAUCCAGGAGGACCCCAGCACAGACUCGCAUGCCGACGAGGAUGGCUUUGAGAAGGAUCCUUUCCCAAAUAGCAGUGCAGCUGCCAAGUCGUUCGAGGACCUUACAGACCAUCCGGUCACCAGAAGUGAAAAGGCCUCGUCCUUCAAGCUGCAGCGUCAGAACCGUGUGGACAGCAAGGAGACCGAGUGCUAG